CAAACCAGUCUAGAAAGUAAAAAAUUCAUAUCUCUUAAGAUCUCGCUUUAUCAACAAUAGAACGCCCAUCAAAUAACAACACAACUGCAAAGCUUACCGAAACCAGAUGGCAUCCUCCAAGCCAGAGGUGUCUUGUACUGCUCAUGACUUACCAGACACUGCCCAGCAUUAUUUAGUGUGUGACACUGAAGACUGCAAGAAGAACUGCAAGUUUUACUGCAAUCCUUGCCACCGGUCAAUGUGUGAACAAUGCAAAGAUGACCACCAGAAAGGUUCAGAAACUAAGGGCCAUGAAAUGGUCCAUUACCGUUUACGAAAACGAAAACUUCCUGUGGAGAAAUGCAAGGAGCAUCCCUCUAAAGAUAUAGAUAUGAAUUGUGAAAAUUGUCAGGUUCCACUGUGUUCCAAAUGUGCAAUACAAGACCACCGAGGGCACACGUUUGAGGAUCUAGAGACGAUUUAUUCAAAGAACUUCGGUCUCUGCCUUGAUGAAACACGUAACAUUCAUCAAUAUUUUCUCCCAACCGUACAAGAAAUAAAGAAAGAUAUUAGAGAGGAUGCCAAGAAACUUAUUACUUUCAUGGAUAAAAUAAGAGAGUUGAUAAAAAUUGAAUCAGAGUCCAUGAAAGGUCUGGUGGAUGAAGUGAUGUCAGAAAAGUUCGAACAAGUCAACAAACUAGAAGAAACACUGAAGGAGGGAAUUCAGAGUCAAUAUGAUACAUACAAGGAGUACAAUGCCUAUCUUAAGAAUUUCGAUACUAAGAUUUACGGUUACAUGUGUUUCGAUAAAGUCCAAAGCAAUCCAAUCCUAUUCUCACUUUCAGAAUAUCUGAAAAUCAAACCUAUCCCUGAAACCACCAAGUCAAUCUAUCCAGAAUUUACCGCUGGUCAAUAUAGUAAGGAUGACUUCGCUAAACUUUUCGGUCAAAUAUCAAUUCCUGACACUAAACCAGAGAAGAGAAGAAUAAAACCACUGGAAAAACUCCCUACUCGGUUAGAACCUACAAAAAAACAAAGAAGACGAGAAAGGGGGAAAUCUUUUACAAAAAGAACACUCUCCUUGUCUUCCUCUGUAGACAUAGCCAAGGAAUAUACUGUACCAAGUGUAAAAGGUGCUUAUCAUUUAUCACUUGAUACGUCCGGCGGCAUAUGGGUCAGUGAUAAUUAUGGUAACCAUGUCCAUGCAGAUCUGAAGGGGAAUCAGUUACAGAAGAUACAAACCAGUGCCGGGGAUGAAGGUUACCACACAGUAACCAAAGAUGGGGAUUUAAUCUAUACAGACAGAGAAAACAACAUCAUAAAUUUAAUAACAUCAGAUAAAACAGUCGCUGAAUUUAUUAAAACUGAAAAAUGGACACCUCUUAGCAUACACUCCUCCCACAUAAACAGAGACAUUCUGGUGGGGUUGAACAAGGAUCGAGAGGGUCAGGUCGCUAGGUAUAACAAGACGGGCAAAGAAAUACAGAACACACAGAAGGAUAGCAAAGGCCAGGGAAUAUAUAUUAGCUAUCCACACUUUAUCACUGAAAACAUCAACGGUGAUAUCUGUUUAUCAGACUACGAUAAAAAUGCCGUUGUAUUGAUCAAUAAAAUGGGACAACACAAAUUCACCUACACAGGUCAGGGUUCAAAGUUCCGUCCCUUUGGUAUCUGUACUGAUAUCGUCGGUCACAUCCUGGUGUGUGAUAAUGAGAGUAACACCGUUCAUUUACUGGAUCAGGACGGUCAGUUCUUGUCGUUUCUUCUCACGGAGGAGCACGGGAUAAAUAAUCCCCUUAGUGUAUGUGUGGAUGCGGAUAACAAUCUUCAUGUGGGACAAUAUAACACGAACAAAGUGAAAGUGUACGAGUUUCUAGAGUGACCAUUACUUAGUUGAAAGUAAUCAUAUCAAGAUCUGCACACAAUGACUGUGAAAUUUAGCCUUAUGAUACAUCAAUUUCAGUAUUUGAUUGUAUGUUGUAAUGAAAAUGAAAUGGUAUUUCGUAUAUUUGCUGAUGCAUUAGAAAAUAGGUGACCAUUCUUAGAUAAGCAGAAAUUGGCACUGAAUUUUUACGAUAGUCGUUAGAUUGCAUAAAAAAUACACCGUUUAAUAAUUAAUUGCAUGCAUAUGAAAUGAUAUUUUGUUUUGUAAUGCAUUUUAAAAAUGUUCAUUAUAAUAUCAGUUUUGAAAGAUUUAAAAUAAAAAUGAACUGAAU